AUGGCCGACUGGGCCCCCGCUCAGGAGCUGGAGUGGGACAUGGAGUCCCAGGAGCUGGCCCUGGAGCAGCCCCUGCCCGCCCCCGAGCAGGGCCCCGCCGGGGAGGCCGAGGUGCCGGCCGCCGAGAUCUCCCUGACGCUGGUCACCGAGAUCCAGGCCGUGGACAGGAAGGUGGACGCCCAGGCCGCCCAGCUGAUGAACCUGGAGGGGAGGAUGAGGAUGGCGGAAACCAAGCUGAUCGGCUGCGAGAAGACGGCGGUGGAGUUCGGGAACCAGCUGGAGAGCAAGUGGACCGCCCUGGGCACCCUCAUCCAGGAGUACGGGCAGCUCCAGCGGCGCCUGGAGAACAUGGAGAACCUGCUGAAGAACAGGAACUUCUGGAUCCUGCGGCUGCCCCCGGGGGCGAAGGGGGAGGUCCCCAAGGUCCCCGUGGCGUUCAACGACGCUUCGUUUAACUUCUCCGAGGAGGAGUGGAAGAGCUUGAACGAGUGGCAGAAGGAGCUUUACCGGCAUAUCAUGAAAGGCAACUACGAGGCCGUCAUCUCGAUGGAUGCUGCCAUUUCGAAGCCUGACCUCCUGUCACGGAUUGAGCAAGGAGAGGAUCCCAACGCGGAGGAUCAGGAUGACUCUGAGGGAGGAGAAACCCCUACAGACCCCAGCACUGAGUUUUCCUUUCCUGGUCCCGAUGACAGCUCGUGGAGUAAAUACGAAGAGACUCUGGCUGAAAGCCACGAGGGCUCUGAAGAAGAGGAAAGCAUGGAGGUCCCUAGUACAUAUGAACAGCAGUGCGAUGAGGAAGGUCCCGAAAGCCUCGAGCUUCCUAGCUCAUUGGCAGGAAAGUGGGAGGAGGUUUUCUCAAGCCCAGAGGAAGAGGUAAAGCCAAGCAGCAAGAGCCGGAGCGGAUCGACCCCGCAGCAGAGAACCGCGACGGGCAAUGGGCUGAGGCGCUCCGCUCGCCGCGGGAGAGACUUGGCCAAGAAGGAUGCUCCUGAGGACGUGGCCGCAGUAGAGGGGCCGUACAUCUGCUGCGAGUGUGGGGAGAGCUUUCUGGACAAGCAGCUCUUUGCCACCCAUCAGAAAGCGCACGCCAGCGAGGAAGCCUGCACUUCCCUGGAGCACGGAGAAAGCUUCAGGCAGAAAUCCAAAACCACCCCUACGAAAGCCCAAGGGCCCUCCCGCUCCAAACCGUCCAAGCGCCCCGACGGGGAGAAGAGCUCCGGUUUCAAGUACGGCUUUGUCAGGCACCAGGUGAACAACAUGGUGGAGAGACCGUACACCUGCUCCCAGUGCAAGGAGAGCUUCAGCCUGGAGGUGAGCCUUAUCUUGCACCAGAAGCUCCAUACGGGGAAGGGCGACGGGCCGCUGACGUGCACCUACUGCGGGAAGGACUUCCGAGACCUCUCCAAAGCCAUCCGCCAUCAGCGCAUCCACACCGGGGAGAGGCCAUACCAGUGCACCGAGUGCGGGAAGAGCUUCAUCCGGCGGGACCACCUGCUCAAGCACUGGCGGGUCCACACCGGGGAGACCCCCUACCAGUGUCCCGUCUGCGGGAAGCACUUCCGCUACAAAGAGUCUCUGAAUUGUCACCAGAAAAUCCACUCCCGCAACCCCCGGCCCAUGGAGGAUUCGCAGCACAACCUGGAGUCGGCAACUCAAACCGGCCAUUUCUGCGUGAAAAAAGAAACUAAGCAGUAG